AUACCCCUCUGAUCCCUCUCUUAAGGCCGGGGCGGCAGCUGCGGGAGAUUAGACGAGGCGAGGACACCAACGCGCAGAUAUCUGGUUUGGACUGGAGACCGAUUGUGACUUGAUUCAGAAUUCCAAAGAUAAGUUUUUACGAGAGAGUCUAUGUUUUUAAAUGUGAGCGGUCUAUGCUAAUCCCGCUUUGGCGAUGAGUUGUUUCGGAUACCGCCGGGAGCUGAGCAAGUACGAAGACGUGGACGAGGAUGAGCUCCUGGCGUCACUCAGCCCCGAAGAGCUGGCCGAGCUGGAGAAGGAGCUGGUGGACAUCGACCCCGACGCCAACGUGCCCAUUGGGCUACGACAGAGGGACCAGACCGACAAGACCCCGACCGGGACCUUCAGCAGAGAGGCCCUCAUGAAAUAUUGGGAAGCCGAGACCCAGAAAAUCCUAGAAAAUGAAAUCGCUGGAACCAGCCCUAAAACGGAUGAAGACGACGAGGGAGUGACAGACAGAAAAAGCGAAUCAGAGGACGAAAAGGAUGACGGAAGCGAGAAAGAGCAACAACAGCAAAAAGAGGAGGAAGAAGAGGAGGAUGAAGAGGAGGAUGAAAGCGAAGAGGAGGAGGAGGAGGAGGAGGAGGUCGUAACAGAAGAGGACGAAGAAGACGACGACGAAGGGGAAAAAGCUCACGUGGAGCCCGUAUUGCCGCCGACGCCUGUCAACGUCCCCCAGCAGCUGAAGCCGCAGAGGGCGGAGCCUGUCAGACUGACUCCUCCCCCUCAACCUGCAGACCCUAACGCCAACGGGAACCCCACCGUCGUGGACGAGGCCCUGCAACGAUCGCUCAGCGACGACCCCGAGCUUACGGAAGUUAACUUGAACAACAUCGACGACAUCUCACAGGAGACUCUUAUCCGAUUCGCGGAAGCUCUGAGGCCCAACACGCACGUGCGCGUCUUCAGCCUUGCCAAUACCCACGCGGACGACCCGGUGGCUCUGGCCAUCGCCAAGAUGCUGCGGGAGAACUCGUCCAUCGUGAGCCUCAACAUCGAGUCCAACUACGUGAGCGGGAAGGGCGUCCUGGCGCUGGUUCAAGCCCUGCCAGGAAACAACACCCUGACCGAGCUCCGAUUCCAUAACCAGAGGCACAUCUGUGGAGGACAGGUAGAGAUGGAGAUGGUGAAGAUACUUCGGGAAAACCACACCUUGAUCAAGCUGGGCUACCAGUUUAAUCUACCUGGUCCCAGGAUGAGCAUGACGGGAAUCCUCACCAGGAACCAGGACCGUCAGAGGCAGAAACGACUGCAGGAGCAGAGGCAACAGCAGCAACAGGGGGCGCCGGAAGGAGCCACCAACCCCCGGACCACUGCACUGCGAGGAACACCCUGCAGCUCACCUAGAUCCUCUCCUUGGUCCUCUCCUAAAGUCCCGCGCAGCAACCUGGCUAAGAAACAGACACCUCCUGCACCUCCACCACCGCCUCCGCCUCCUCCACCACCACCACCACCCCCUCCUCUGCCACUGCUUCCCUCUCGUCAGGAGAAGAAGAAGCCCACCCGGACCAUCGCGGAGGUGAUCAAAUCCCACGAGGCGAGCAGCAAGAAGUCCAAGACCAAAGGGAAGAAGGGCAAGAAGGGCAAGGCCAAGGACGAGACCACCUGCAUCCUGAAGGAGCUGAAGAACGCGCUGAGGCCCGUGGCGGCGGAGAGGCGGGGGGAGGAGGGCAGCAGGCCGUCCACGCCCAUGAGGUCGGCCCACGACCAGCUGAUGGACUCCAUCCGGAACAGCAGCAUCCGCAGCCUGAGGAAGGUGAGGGAAACAUUCAUUUCACUAUCAGGCCAAGCUUGCACAUAUUUAUGUUACAUAUAUACUUAGCAAGUUUUUUAGUAAGAAAACUAACACUCUACAGCAUUGUACUUUAUACAAACAUACAGUAAUAACAUUAAUGAAUGGUUUGUGCGUCGUGAUUUCAUGCUUCAAUGCCCGUUGACAUUUUGCUGCUCCUUCUGGUAUGUGGACAUUGGCCACCAGGGGGUAGUGCAAUGCAUGCAGACACACUACACGCAGAUUUGAUGACGAACACUGUCACAAUUAAGCUCCAAUAAUAUCAGUCGAUGUUCGCAGAGGAUAAAGAAUAGAUGCCUGUGAGUAUUGUUGUAUCUUCUGUCUGCAUGUUUGGUUCUUGCUUGUGUUUGAAUAUAAAUUGGUUUAUAAUUGUAUCCUAAUUACUGCGACAUUGAUGCCUGUUUCGUUAGCUCGUUUAUGGCAUUUUGUAUUGUGUGUUAGCAUUAAGUUUUUUGACGUUCGUAAGCUAGAGAGACGUAGUUUGGUUAAAUACAAAACGUGUAAUUCUUUGUUGAUGUUGACGUUUGCUGCUUCAUAUUAAACAACAAUAACAAUAUUCACAUUGUUUAGUUGAACUCAAAACCGUCACUUGAGUACGUACACACAUUGAUUCAGGAAAAAGUAACAUUUUCACCAAAGAUGGGGAGACGGACUCCCAAAUGCAUCUUAAGUCGAAUCAAUGGUCUCCGCUAAAAACUUGUAGCUCUUUUAAAAUGAGGCGAGUGUGUUGUUAUCUCGCGGCUUGUCACAGUGGAAAAAAAGUCAGCUCUGCCCCCAGCUGCGAAAUUCCUGCCACUUAUUGCUGCUAUUCAUAGCCAAGUGUUCAGCAGAGGUUUGAUAAAGGCAGACGUAGCAACAACACAAACACUGUCAGUUGACGCUGAAGUGCAAAUCUUUGCUUCAGAAUUAUUGAUAUUUUCUUACAGGUUGAACUCCCGUUACACCUACGAUAAUAUAGAAGAAAGAAGAAGUUGCCAUGGUAACUGGCUUUGACACAGGAAGAGCAACAGUGGUUUAAAAAAAAAAAAAAAGUGGGAUUUUUUUUUUUGCCCUGGUACAAACGAUCUAUUUUGUAACUUUAUUUUAUUUUUAAAAACUUAAAAGUUUGUUUAUUGAUAUUUUUUUUUUCUUGUCAACUUGUAAAUAUGAUGUGCUCUUGUUUGAUUGAAUGAAGUGUUCAUUUCUAAAUACA